AUGGUGAAUGGAUGGAAGAUGAACUUCUUCUUGAUGAUGAAUGGAAUGGAGAUGAAGAUGCAUGUGAUGCUCUUUUGGCUAACUUUGAGUGGUAGUGAUGGAGUAGUGGUGGUGGUGGUGAUGAAGUUUAUGGUGGUGGACGAUGGUAGUUGUGGUGAUGAUGAUAGAGGAGAUGGAGUAGUAUGGGCCUUGUUAUUUCCAAACAACAAUGUAGACUAUUCUCAGACUGGAUUGACCCAAUACCCUACUAGUGGUUCGAUGAUGUAUACAAGUGAAAGGACUUUGCCUGAAGAGCAAACUAAUCUCCAAGUCUUGUUCAAAACAACCUUAAUCACUUAUCAUCAGAAUUACAAUUACAGUUCAAUGAUGAUGAACAGAAACGGCAUGCUAUGGCAGAACUACAGCAUUCAGACUGCUCCAUCAACAUCAAACGGAUCAAAUUACAAUGAACAAAAAACCCAAAAAGCUCUCUCCAGAUCUUCACAAAAAUACUUGAUAGAAUUUCAGAUCCCGAUCCACCGACAAUGUCAACCACCGUCCCCCCGUCCUCCCGAUCUCCACCACCUCUGUCGCCGCCGCCGGAUCCAUCGAGUCCCAGGCCUCCCAGCCUCGGAUCGCCACCCUGGCCUUCCGCGCCUUCAUCAACCACAUCACCGACACCGUCCGCAACGGCCUCUCCCAGCGCCGCCCCUGAGCCGAGCUUGCCGACCGCUCCGCCUUCGCCAAGCCCGAGUCCUUCUCCGCGUCCGCGUCAACUACCUCGCCGUCGUCGCCCUCAUCGUCACCGUCUCCCUCUUCACCCACCCCUUCUCCCUCGGCCUCCUCGCCGCCUGGCUCUUCCUCUACCUCUUCCGCCCCUCCGAUCAGCCCCUCGUUAUCUUCGGCCGGACUUUCUCCGACACCCAAACCCUAAUGGGCCUCGUCGACCUCAGCGUCUUCGUCGUCUUCCUCACCUCCGUCGGGCAAGGGAUUGAAGAGAUUUCAUACUGUGUUUGUAGAGAGCGAGGUUGCGAAUCACCUCGGAUGAAAGAAGCCAUCGACCAUCAAAAUUCGUUCCUCGUGCUUCAACCCGAGACCAUGGAGAAGCUCCAGCGACAACACAAUCAGCACUGAGUAGGAGGCUGAAACCAUGGCAGUGAUUGAACCUAAGUUGAUUUCAGCAAUCGAUCCCCAGAAAGUUGAAAUAAAAUGAAUAAUAUCAAGAAUCUGAUCAAUUUCAAUUCCGGAACUGCAAAGAAGCAAUAGGACUGGAUACUGGACCAUGAAUAGAAGCAAUUGUUGACCGGGAAAAAAAAAAAGCAAUUGAAACUCUGACUCUGAUUCCUACCCGUUGGUCCCACCAUGUCAGAAUUGCAAAGAAGCCACGCUCAGCAAAACUGAGACAAUUAAGGGGAAAGCAACCCCUCUACAGGGCACUGACCCAAAAAAAAGUGGCUACAGCGUGGCAAUUACCUAUUGACACGCACAUGUGUGUCCUUUGGCCCAAAUAUGUCACGAAUGUGUAUGUGGCCAUUGCCAAUAAUUGUAGUAGUGUUAUGUUAUCAGAUUAUGU